CACACCUGAGAAAAAAACGUCAACCUCCCCGCAAGAGACCUUCACCACCUCUCCUCAACUCAACACCACAUCCAAAGACAUCAUGGCUGACGAGGUCUACGAAGGAGCGAUCGGUAUCGAUCUCGGUAUGUCAAUUCUUAAACCCAUGCGUCCCAUUCCCAUUGAUGUCGAGGCCGCGGCGGCGUUUUUGCCUUCUCGUUGACUGACUUUGAUUUGAUAGGUACCACAUACUCUUGCGGUAGGUUCCCAAUCCAGUCGCAAUUGCUUCAUCGCCAUGUUCGCGCGACCUCGCAGACGGAUAACUGAUCAUUCUGUAGUUGCCAACUAUGAGGGUACCAAUGUUGAGAUCAUUGCCAACGAGCAGGGUAGUUUCACCACCCCUUCGUUCGUUUCUUUCACAGACAAGGAGCGCUUGAUUGGAGAGUCUGCAAAGAACCAGGCUGCCAUGAACCCAAAAAAUACCAUUUUUGAUAUCAAGUCAGUACAAUUCUGAGUAUUGGGAGACCCCUGGAUUUGAAUAAUGCUGACUGUAUGUCGCAGGCGUCUGAUUGGAAGACGCUUCGACGACCCGACCGUGAAGAAGGCAAGUUAAAAACGGUUCCGAGGCUCAGGAUAAUUAAUGCGAUUAUCCGAAAAGAAGUGGAAUAAUGAGGAAGUAGAAUUCUCCAUUAUUCCAGCGCUUCUCGGGUAAUAACGCUGAUUGUUCUGGCGCUGAAAUGCGAGGAGCAUACGACUAACAUAUAUAUUCAGGAUGUCGAAUCAUGGCCUUUCGAGGUUGUUGACCAAGAUGGUUCCCCUAUGGUUCAAGUUGAGUACCUCGGAGAGACCAAGGUUUUCUCUCCCCAGGAGGUUUCCGCCAUGGUCUUGAUGAAGGUAUGUUCUCCACAAUUUAAUAUGAUAGAAGCGAAAUUUUAUGGCUAAUUCCCUUGGUUCAGAUGAAGGAAGUCGCCGAGGUUAAAUUGGGCAAGAAGGUCGCCAAGGCAGUCAUCACUGUCCCAGCCUACUUCAACGACAACCAGCGUCAAGCUACCAAGGAUGCUGGUGCCAUCGCCGGUCUUAACGUUCUCCGAAUCAUCAACGAGCCAACCGCCGCUGCUAUCGCAUACGGUCUUGGUGCCGGAAAGUCCAACAAGGAGCGAAAUGUCUUGAUUUACGAUCUUGGUGGAGGAACCUUCGAUGUUUCUCUCCUCAACAUCCAGGGUGGUGUUUUCACCGUCAAGGCUACUGCUGGUGAUACCCACUUGGGUGGUCAAGAUUUCGAUACCAACUUGCUCGAUCAUUUCAAGAAGGAGUUCACAAGAAAGACCAAGAAGUCAGUUUAAAUUGCACCUUUUGUUUCAUGACUAUUACUAACUUUUCAAUAGGGAUCUUUCCGGCGAUGCCCGUGCUCUUAGACGUCUUCGUACUGCUUGCGAGCGUGCUAAGAGAACUCUUUCCAACGGUGCCCAAACUACUGUUGAGAUUGAUUCCUUGUUUGAUGGUGAGGACUUCAACGCUCAAAUCACUCGUGCUCGUUUCGAGGACUUGAACUCAAAGGCCUUCAAUGGUACUUUGGACCCAGUCGCACAGGUGUUGAAGGAUGCCAACAUUGACAAGAGCAAGGUUGACGAAAUUGUGCUUGUUGGUGGAUCCACCCGUAUUCCUAGGAUACAAAAGCUCCUCAGUGACUUCUUUGAUGGCAAGAAGCUCGAGAAGAGCAUCAACCCUGAUGAGGCUGUUGCAUAUGGUGCCGCCGUCCAAGCUGGUAUCUUGUCAGGAAAGGCUACCUCAGCCGACACUGCUGAUCUCCUCCUUUUGGAUGUCGUUCCCCUUUCUCUCGGUGUUGCAAUGGAGGGUAACAUCUUCGCCCCUGUCGUUGCCCGUGGUCAGACCGUUCCCACCAUCAAGAAGCGAACUUUCACCACUGUCGCUGACAAUCAACAAACCGUUCAAUUCCCUGUUUUCCAGGGUGAGCGUGUGAACUGCGAGGAUAACACCUCCCUCGGAGAAUUCACCCUUGCACCAAUUCCUCCAAUGAAGGCUGGUGAUGCUGUUCUUGAAGUUGUUUUUGAGGUCGACGUCAACGGUAUCCUCAAGGUUACCGCCACCGAGAAGACCUCCGGACGUAGUGCUAACAUCACUAUCUCCAACUCCGUUGGAAAGCUUUCAUCAGGCGAGAUUGAGAGCAUGAUUGAGGGUAAGCUUUUCAUUUUCGAGAAUGAGUAGAAAUUUGCUAAUCAUUUUGCCUUAGACGCCGAGAAGUUCAAGAACAGUGAUGAGGCUUUCAGCAAGAAGUUCGAGGCUAGACAACAACUUGAAUCAUACAUCUCAAGAGUAGAGGAGAUCGUUUCUGACCCAACCAUGUCCCUCAAGUUGAAGCGUGGAACCAAGGACAAGAUCGAGUCUGCUCUUAGUGAUGCCAUGGCUCAACUUGAGGCUGAUGAUUCCACUUCAGAUGACUUGAAGAAGAAGGAGCUCGCGCUCAAGAGAGUUGUAACGAAGGCUGUAAGUACACCCUGCCUUUCGAUAUCCACUCUUUCUACAAGAACAUAUUAACUAACUCAAACUGUAGAUGUCCACCCGUUAAAGUGCUGGGAGAAAUGUCUGGGAGAUCUUCACGUGGAGCGAAGGAUGGAUGCAUGAUUUUACGGCAUGGAUUGGCCCAUUUGUUUUCUGGCUCUUUUUUUUCUCUGGGUCCAUAAAAAGUCAUUUGCGAGUUUUUGUCAUCUCGCUACUUUUGAUCAUCCAGGAAACGAUCUCCUUCCACUUUCUACGGGCAUAAAGCGCGCUUGUAGAAACAGGAAGAAGUAAAAUGUUAAUCAAAAUGAAACAAAUUUAGAAAAAAUUAUAU